ACAAAACCAGCUCUCGCUCUCGCGGCAGAUUGCAUUUUACUUUCCUUGUUCAAGAGUACAGUUUGAGCGAUAUUUGCUCCGUUUGAUUUGGUACGCCGUCAGAGACAGAGAGGAGGAACCUGCCUGUGAAACCGAAGCUGAUUUCAACAUCAGAGGUACUACAGUAGCCCUAGUUGUUCAAGUUUGGCAACAGCGGAUCCAGUGACGUCUCCAAGCAGUGUGUAGACGGUAGCUCUUUUCCAGCAUCACGCAGGACAGGAUCAACAACAUUGUGCCCGCCUCAGCCGCAACACGCCCCAGCAGAAGCUGCAAUAGCUCCAGGGACCGACCGCUGCGUGGAUAUCCAAGUGCAUUGGAUGCUAGGUGCGACCGUACCGAAGCGCUUGCAAGUGUCAGUGGAUCGUUUUCUGGCCCUCCGCCCCUCAAUCGCUCCGUCAGUAUGUCUGCAGGUUCCUCAGCAGUUCCACCAUCUGCUGCCGCAGCAACGAAUGGGGAUACUGCACCCGCAGUGGCACUGCUAGAAUGUGAGGUCGGUGAGAAGGCCAAUGCUUGCACUGAAGAAUACUUGAGUAGUUUCUACGAUGGCGAGAUUCCGCAUUGGGUCCCGGAACCUCCCUCCUCCAGAUACCUUCCAACAAUUGUCGCUAGGAUGAUAAUAUCGGAGUUGAAGCAGGACGAGCAUUGCAAAGGAGUUGAUCUACUCGCUGAGCUGGCCCGGAUUGGCACGGCCAGUCUGGAGUACAUAGUAGCUGGACUGGAUCUGGUUCUGGAGGAGACACCAGACUUAGAGUCCGAUAUUCCGCGUAUCUAUGAUCUACUGGUGAUUGUCGUUGUCCCACUCAUUUUCACCUGCAGUAUAGAAAUGUCUACACUGUCAGAGCUAGCCAGCAAGCAUCUUCGAGAUGGCGGGAAGGCAGCCAUAUUCAUGGCGAAAGUCUUGAAGGAUAUUGCCGAGAAAAAUGGAGAGUGUUUCGCCCGACACUUGUGUCAAACAGCCCGUCUCGAGUGGAGCUCACUAUUGCAAGAUGGACGAAAUGUUGAUCAGUUCCUUGCUGACCAAGGUCUGCAGUUUCUGGAUAGCCUCCUGUCCAUUCCAGAUGUCCUGGACGAGCGUAACCAAACUUGCCCAGAGGAUGUGCAACGAGCGGCACUCUCGCAUCGCACAGAUGACACCAGGAGCUCGGGCUCGAGUGGUCGCUCUUCCGGGGGACAGGUUAGCAUGGGAGGCACCUCUCGCAGUGCUCCUCGUGAUGUGGAGCGGGGCAACCGUGGCGUCCAGGAUGGACUUCGGGUGCCCACACUCCAUCACCUGGUUGAUGGUUUCGGAACUGCAAUAAUACAGGUGCAAAUAAUUAUUGUUUCCUUUUUGUGCGUAUCUCUUGUCAUCUCUCUUUUCUAUACGUAGCACACCAGAUGUACUACUAUCGCUGUCUUUCUCCUGCUAUCUCUCUCUCUCUGCUUGCUGUUUUUGUUUUUGUUGCCACUGCCCCUCAUCAUACCCAUGCUUGGGUGGAGGGCGGCGUGACCCGUUAGGGUAGCUGUCAAUACAGUACAGUGUGUGUGUGUGUGUGUGUGUGUGUGUGUGUGUGUGUGUGUGUGUGUGUGUGUGUGUGUGUGUGUGUGUGUGCACAAGUAACUAGUUAGUUGCUGCGUCUUACAUAGCUGUUCGCUAUCAUCGCUUCCACGAUGGGCAGGUCUGAGGUGUGUGUGUGUGUAGCAUUAUAGUAAUAAUGCAGAUUAAUGCUUGCACGCGUCUGCUUCGUGCUACCACUCAAACUAUGCUGCUAUGAUUGCGAGCGCUUUUACUGCAUGCUCAUGCUUUGCUGCUGGCUACAGUCACGUGCACUGUACAUCACGGUAUCCAUGUCGGUCACACGCCUUGGUGCAUGCUCACUUGGUACUCUAUGCGUCGUGGCAUCCUAUGUGUCAUUCAACGUGGCAUUCAUUCAUGCGCGACGCUCAACGUAGGCGGCAUGCGUGUGGGCACUCAACGUGGCAUGCUAAAGUUUGCCUACCGGUAGUUAUAUAUUAUUUUCGAUCCGUUCUGUGUGUGGAUCACUCUUUUCAGAUCGUUGUGUUUCACCCACCCCCUCCCAUUUCUCAUCUCUCAUUUACUUUGAUAAAGUAAAUAAAGGGGUGUUGGCCAUGCUCAUUUCCGACUACUCAGGGCUCUCGGUCUUCAUCCCUCGGACGUGACUAUCCUCUUGGCUCCGCCAAGAUCCUGCUCUCUCCGUAGCCUCUCACUUCGCUGGCCAGC